UCCAUUAAGUAGUUUCAGGAUGCCAGUAAUUCCACCUGAACGAUUAGCUCCUCUGCAAAGCAAUCAGAAUAAUAUAAGGAACUUUACUUUGUUGGCUCAUGUGGAUCAUGGAAAGACUACACUGGCUGACAGUCUUUUGGCUACAAAUGGAAUUAUUUCUAGUAAGCUAGCCGGAACGGUUCGAUAUCUUGAUUUUCGUGAAGAUGAAAUAACUAGAGGAAUUACCAUGAAAUCCAGCGCGAUUUCAUUAUUUUUCAAGGUUAUCAGCCAAAGUAGUGAAAAAGCUGUUGAAAAUGAUUACCUAAUUAAUCUAAUUGACUCACCUGGUCAUGUUGAUUUUAGCUCAGAAGUUUCAUCUGCGUCUCGCUUAUGUGAUGGCGCUUUCAUCUUAAUUGAUGCCGUUGAAGGAGUCUGUAGUCAGACUAUUACCGUUCUCCGACAAGCUUGGGUUGAUAAAAUAAAAAUGGUUUUGGUUAUAAACAAGAUGGACAGACUUGUGACCGAACUUAAAUUAUCCCCUAUCGAAGCUCAUCACCAUCUGCUUCGUCUUGUUGAACAAGUCAAUGCAGUAAUAGGUACAUUUUAUAGAGGAGAGUUGAUGAAUCUAGAUGAAAUGGAGGAGGAAACCAGUGACGAGGGCAUCUAUUUUUCUCCCGAGCAAGGCAAUGUAAUUUUUGCGAGUGCAUCCGACGGUUGGGCUUUCUUUCUAGACCAGUUUUCAGAUUUUUACGAGAAGAAACUCGGAAUGAAGUCUAGCGUUCUUACAAAAUGCUUAUGGGGAGAUUACUAUUUGGAUCCAAAAACCAAGCGUAUUCUUCAGGCAAAACAUCUUCAGGGACGGCGCUUAAAACCACUAUUCGUCCAGUUUGUCCUUGAUAAUAUAUGGGCAGUCUACAAUUCAGCAAUAGUAGAUCGUGAUCUGGAAAAAAUUGAAAAGAUUGUGAAAACAUUGAACAUAAAAGUCCUUCCUCGAGACAUGAAAUCGAAAGAUCCUAGAAAUUUGCUACUAGCGGUUUUUCAACAAUGGCUUCCUCUUUCCACUGCGAUUUUACUGACAGCCAUUCGAAAAAUUCCCUGUCCCAUAGAUGCACAGAAGGAUCGCGCUUUAAAAGUUCUUAAAACUACUCCACACUUUGAGAAUGUUGCCCCCGAAAUUGCAACAGCUAUGUCUCACUGCAAAGCUGAUAAGGAAGAACCGAUGCUGGCUUACAUUAGCAAAAUGGUUGCUUUCUCCGAAAGAGAUCUUCCACAACAGAAACGUCGACAGCUUACCGCUGAGCAAAUGCAUGAAUUGAGGCAGGCUAAGUUGGCUGGUUCCCUUGAAGAUUCAGUAGGAUCCUUAUCAGUGAACGAAAACGAAUUGGAAGAGAAUCCAGAAAAUAAAGAUCAUGAAGAGGAAGAAGAGAAAGACGUGUUCGUUGGAUUUGCUCGUAUUUACAGCGGAACUAUCUCUGUUGGCCAGCAGGUUUACGUUUACGGUCCGAAGUAUGAUCCUGCAAAUCCAGAUGAACACGUCACCAAAGUAACGAUUGAAUCUUUAUACUUAAUGAUGGGUCAAGAACUUUUCCCAUUAGACACUGUACCUGCUGGAAACGUGUUUGCUAUUGGUGGUUUGGCUGGAACUGUCUUAAGAACUGCUACUUUAUGCUCUCUACCUAAAGGACCAAAUUUGGUAGGUGUGUCUCAGCAGAUGGAACCCAUCGUCCGCGUUGCUGUUGAACCGUCACGCCCUUAUGAGAUGAGUAAACUGGUUGCUGGACUAGAUAUGUUAAACCAGUCCGAUCCAUGUGUUCAGAUUUCAGCUGAACAAAACGGUGAGCAUGUAAUUAUGUGUGCUGGUGAAAUUCAUUUAGAACGUUGCCUAAAAGAUUUACGAGAGAGAUUUGCUAAAAUUGAGAUACAAGCUUCUCAACCAAUUGUUCCCUUCCGUGAAACGACUAUUGCAGCUCCUGAUAUAAGUGUUAAUGACAAGGAGGCUCCACUUGGAUUUGUAAAUACAUCCGUCGCUUCUGAUGGUAUUCAGAUUAAGCUGUCUGUAAGUCCAUUACCUAGCAACUUGGUGAAUUUCUUAUUAGACCAUGAAAAGACAAUUGAGUCGUUUAUGCAUCAUAUUUCGAAAAAAGGAAGAAACGGCGAUCUCGAACGUUCUGAUGCGCAAAAGCAGAAAGAGGAAAUCCUUAGUUCAGAAGACUUUAUUACGACUAUCCACGAGUUGCUAUCCAAUGAUACCUCAAUUAAAAAUAACAUUACUGAUUACCUUGACUCGAUAAUGUCUUUUGGCCCAAAACGAGUAGGCCCCAAUAUGUUAAUUGAUAAGACUGGAUCGAUGAAGAAGGUACGUCAGGAAAGUGACGGAUCUAGGCUCAUUCCCUUUGAUCUCGGUGAAUAUAUCGCUACAGCUUUUCAAAUUUCUACGCAACAAGGACCACUAUGUGCUGAACCUGUUCAGGGAAUAUGUGUUUGUAUUGAAUCUAUUGAAAUAGAAAAUGGUCAAGAAAAUGAAGUGCUUACAAUUGGAAAUCCACAAAUUCCUGGUCAAGUUAUUUCAGCUGUGCGUGAGGCAAUUAAGCAAGGAUUCCUUGCCUGGUCGCCAAGAUUAUUACUUGCUAUGUAUUCAUGUGAUGUUCAAGCUACUGCUGAAGUUUUGGGUAGAGUAUAUGGUGUGGUUGCCAAGAGAAAAGGACGAAUUGUUGAUGAAGAAAUGAAAGAAGGAACUCCAUUCUUUGUUGUAAAAGCUGUAAUUCCUGUUGUUGAGUCAUUUGGUUUUGCAGUCGAAAUUUUAAAACGUACAUCUGGUGCUGCGUAUCCCCAACUAAUUUUCCAUGGAUUCGAAAUGCUUGAUGAGAACCCAUUCUGGGUUCCCACUACAGAAGAAGAACUAGAGGAUUUGGGUGAACUGGCUGAUCGUGAGAAUAUUGCAAAACGCUAUAUGUUAAAUGUUCGAAGAAGAAAGGGUUUACUUGUCGAACAGAAGGUAGUCGAAAAAGCUGAAAAGCAAAGAACUUUGAAACAUUAAACCUAAAGAAGUCAAAAAUAAUUUAUUUGAAUAUACAAGUAUGAAUCGAAAAAAAUAGACUGAGAGAACUGUUACGAGCAGAAUUUCCUUUUUUUAUUAUUAUUAUUAUUAAUAAACUCUGAAAUUAUGCUUACGCGUAUUCCAACUUUGUCAUGCAGAUUUCGCAUGGAAUAGCAUCUAUAUUUUAUACAGUCUAUUGUAUAAUAUAUCAUACUCAAUAUCAUCAAGAGAACAUCUAAUUGUCAUAACCGG